GAUUGUGUGCGUCCGCGUGUGCCGUCAGGCGCGUGUGUUUUUGAUUGGCAGAUCUACAUUCGGCACCCACCACCCGCUCAGUAAAAGCCGGCCCGGUCAUCAUCCGCACUCUACUACGGCGAAGGUUAUGCUGGCCAACAUAACUCGUCGUCCUGUGAUAUCUACGUGCUGUAUAAAAUCCCGGAAUAGCUGUCUUGCAGCAGGAUCAACUUGUGAACAACAGCCGAUGCUUGCCGAGGACAUAGCCAUGCCGAGUGCGGAACCCGCAGAUCCUCCGCUUCGGUAUCGAGUGGAGGCCAAAUGCUCCACGACUAAAGCCCGCGUCGGAGUGAUGACCUUGAGGCAUAGUGAUGUCGAUACACCGGUCUUCAUGCCCGUUGGAACGCAGGGUACCCUCAAAGGAUUGCUUCCGGAUCAGAUCCUCGAUCUGGGCUGUCAGAUCAUGCUGGGCAAUACCUAUCAUCUGGGAAUGCGCCCUGGAACGGAGGUGUUGAAAAAGUUCGGCGGCUUGCACAAGUUCAUGGGAUGGCCAAAGGCGCUGCUGACCGAUUCCGGUGGCUUCCAGAUGGUAUCGUUGCUGCAACUGGCAGAGAUAACCGAAGAGGGCGUGAAGUUUGAAUCUCCGUACGAUAAGACCGAAUGUAUGCUGACUCCGGAGCGGUCGAUGGAGAUUCAGAACGCCAUCGGAGCGGACAUUAUGAUGCAACUGGACGACGUGGUCAAGACUACGACCACUGGGCCCCGGGUGGAGGAAGCGAUGCACCGGACGAUCCGCUGGUUGGAUCGAAGCAUUUCCGCUCAUGCUAGAGAUGACGAGCAGAGUAUCUUUCCGAUUGUUCAGGGCGGGUUGCAACCCGAGUUGAGGAAGGUUUGCGCAGCGGAGCUGAACAAGAGGAAUACCCGAGGCUAUGCGGUUGGCGGGUUGAGUGGGGGUGAGAGCAAGGAUGAAUUCUGGAGGACGGUCCAUUUGUGCACGGAUCUGCUCCCGGAGAGCAAGCCCCGAUAUUUGAUGGGAGUUGGCUUCGCGGCGGAUUUGGUGGUUUGUGUGGCGCUGGGAAUCGAUAUGUUCGAUUGCGUGUACCCGACUAGGACGGCCCGGUUUGGAUGUGCCCUGACAAGGCAAGGGCAGCUGAAUCUAAAACAGCAGAGUUUCAAAACGGAUAUGAAACCGAUCGAUGAGGGAUGUGAUUGCUCGACGUGUAAAACGUACACCCGGUCGUAUCUGCACCAUAUUGUUACGGUGGAACCGGUGGCCUGCAGUAUCAUCAGUAUUCAUAACGUGGCAUUCCAGCUUAAACUGAUGAACGAAAUGCGAGAAAACAUCAAGGCUGACACCUUCCCGCAAUUUGUCCAAUCCUACAUGAAAGAACGCUUUCCAGAUGGCCAGGUUCCACAAUGGAUUGUGGACGCACUGGCCGCGGUAAAUAUCCAACUUUCAAGGACUUUCGGAAGCAACUGCUAGAAACGUAUCGUACAUACCUAUAAGGAAAUCUUGAUUAUACGAUAUUAAUUUAUAAUUCCUUUCACAAAAGCCCA